AGUAUGUGUGUACAGUACAUUAUACAUUAUACACCACCACAAACUACACAGUCUGUUGAAGGUUUAACUUGAACGCACUGCUGAUAAUUCUCUUUCUUGGAACAAUAGUUAUUUGCCUCUCAUCGUAAGACGAUCUAACAUAAUUGAACACAUUUUAUGGCACCAGUACUCACCUUGGUUGUACGUUUAUAUAUUAUUUCGACAAUGACCAACUGGAGGCAGUCUUGUUUGCAAGCGGUGUGUGUGUAGUAGACGAAGCAACAGCCGGCAAAACAGAUAAUGAAAAAAGGCAAUGAUCAACAGGAACUGUCGAUACUCGAUGGACAGACUGGAUCAGAAUUAGCAUCGAAUAAUGAACAGGACGUGGAUGUGGUCGAUGCAAUAUUGAGCGAUCUAGGUGGAACGUUUCGGAAGUAUCAAAUUAUCAACUACAUUCUGUUUUGCAUUCCGUUUGCUUUGUCUGGCACAUUCGCCUUGAGUUACGUGUUUACUGCACUGAAUUUGAAUUACCGCUGUUACAUUCCAGAAUGCGAAGAAAUCGAGAACACAUUAUUUGUGCCGGAUUGGUUGGAAGCUGUAGUUCCGUUUUCAAAUGGUAAACCGACAUCGUGUAACCGCUAUGAAUCGAACAAUUUCACGUCCGAAUGUGUAGCAGCAAGAUUUAACGAAUCCAGCAUCCAGCGCUGCGAUGAAUUCAUUUAUGAAACCACAGAGAGAUCGAUUGUGAAUGAGUUCGGUCUACAAUGCGACAACAAUUUGUGGAAAUUGGCAAUGGUUGGUACGGCAAACAAUAUCGGCCGAUUUGUCUUCACACCACUUAUGGGCUACAUGUCCGAUCGUUUCGGCCGUAGAACGAUUUUGAUUGCUGGCGUUCUGGGCAGCGUUAUAUUCGCUUACAUACGAUCGCUUGCGCCGAACUACAACACGUUUGUCAUAUUUGAAUUUUUAGACGCGGGCAUCGGCUCGGUCACAUACUCUGCCUCGUUCAUUUUGGCAAUGGAAUGGAUUGGCGUUAGAGACCGGAUUCUUUUGGUCACUCUUAUAACGGCCACAUAUCCAUUCGGACAAAUAUUUUUAGGAUUGACUGCUAGAGCCAUCCAAGACUUUCGUCGUCUGUUACAAAUCAUCUACGCACCAGGGUUGUUGAUUUUGAUUUACCUUUGGGUGUCACCCGAAAGUAUUCGUUGGCUGAUUGUUAAUGGCCAUAAAAAUCGCGUGUUAAAAACCCUUGCGCGAGCAGAACGAAUGAAUGGAAUUCGGUUAUCGCAAAAAACCAUUGACUUGAUAAACCAGGAACGGACGGGGAGAGACAAUGUUCGAAUAGAGAAAGACGAUCGGAUAAUUGACGUUCUGAAGAAGCGAGUGUUUCUCGUACGACUAGCAAUAUGCACAUUUGCAUGGAUAAGCAGCGCAUUCGUUUCGUACGGCAUUAGUUUGACGUCGGUGUCCCUAGCUGGCGAUAAGUAUGUCAAUUUUGUUGUCGUCGCCGUAGCAGGUAUUCCCGCAAUGGUAUUGUGUUACUUCAUGAUGGAAUGGUUCGGCAGGCGAUGGACAUUGUUCUCAUCGUUUUUAAUCGGUGGAACAUCAAUUAUAUGCUCGAAGCUUAUGCCGGUUCAUCUGGGCGCAUUGUCCAUCACAUUGUUCUUCGUGGGAAAACUAUUUAUUACGGUGGCAUUCACUGGCCUGUACAUCUAUACCAGCGAAUUGUGGCCGACUAACAUGCGACAUAGUAUCAUGGGGCUGUGUUCGACAAUGGGCAGAAUAGGGGCUAUGUUUGCACCAUUUGCUCCACUACUGAGUCAAUACCUUGACAUAUUGCCGUACCUGACAUUUGGUGCAAUGGCACUUAUUGCCGCUAUGUUGAUACUCUUGUUACCUGAAACGCGAAACAAAAAGCUACCGGACAGUUUGUAUGAAGCGGAAAAUAUUGCUGACCAGUAGUGAACGACCGACUGGAAUUGUUUAAUGCUCAGAGGAGAUUUAACAAAUAUUUUUAUAUUUUUUUUUGUUCUUUUUAAAUAAAUUUGAUAUUCUGCCGUGGCUACAAAAUU